AUGGAGGAUGGCGAAGUAAGUGUAGACUUAAAGCAAAAGGUAAGCCCUUCUAUUAAGCCUUUUGAGGUUCUCAAAACCGCUACAGUUUUUGCUGAUAAACACGUUGCGCCACCCAUCAUGCGUGAGCAAGAAUUUUUUUUCAAGAAAGAGAAGUGGUAUCGAGACAUCUCCAUUUACAAACUGAGUUUUGUUCUUGUCAUCAAUUUUGUGUAUUUUGGCGUCGAGCUUGCAAUGGGGUUAUACCUUAAAUCUCUUUCUUUAACCACCGACGCGUUCUCUAUGUUGUCCGAUGUCAUUUCGCAGGUCAUCGGCAUCUUCGUCGCGUUCAUCGUCAAAAAUGCGUUCACGGAGAAUUUCACAUACGGGUUUGCACGAGCAGAAGUUGUCGGUGCGUUCAUUAAUAGUGUGUUCCAAAUAUCAAUCGGGUUCUCUCUUGUCAUCCAGUCGGUCGAGAAGUUCUUUGAUUUGGAAGAGGUUGGGAACCCAAUUGUUCUUCUAAUAGUUGCCGGCGUUGGGUUACUUGUCAAUGUGGUUGGGAUGGUAGUCCUUGGAAACUAUUCAUUUUGUAUUAACAACUUCAAUAAACGACACAACACAACAAAAGAAACGAACACAAAGAUUAAUGAAAAUCUGAACAAAAAGGAAAACAACACAAAGGAAGUCCAAAUCACUAUUCCAAACACUAAAGUCCUUGCACAAGCUAAAAUCGACGUCGAUGAAAGCGAAAGCGAAGAGGAAGACGAUAAAGUCCAAUUCGACGCCAAUUUUAGAGACAUUUCAGCAAAUUUGAAUUCUUUGUCAAAGUCACCAAACAUCUCCGCGUCACCAAGAAAUGCGCCCCAAACACCAAAUUUCAUUCGAAAAGGAAAACCAAGUCGAUUCGCACCACCAAAUCAGAAUGAAAGCGAAGACGUCGACAAACAGACAAACAAACUCUCUCCAGAGCCUAUACCAAAUACUGAGAAUCCCAUUUCAAAGUCUCGAACACAAAUACCGCCGUUACAAAUCACACAAGAUAUACACCCUCCACACAAAAAGAAGAAGAGAAACAUGAAUAUUGCAGGUGUUUUUAUUCACGUUUUUGGAGACUUUAUGGGAAGUGUUUCCACGAUGGGAGUUGCACUGAUUGUGUACUUUUUCGAUGAUCCAAAGAAGCAGUAUGCGGAUCCUGCAUUCAGUUUAUUAGUUUCUUUGAUGAUGAUUGUUACGGGUGUUCCAUUAUUGUAUUCUUGUGUCUGUAUAGUCAUGCAGAUGGUCCCCAAGAAGAUCAAAAUAUCCGAUUUACGAAAGGAAGUGCUUGAUAUCGAGGAAGUCAUUGCGGUUCACGAUUUCCACCUCUGGCAACUCAACAACAAAAUCUAUUGUUCGACAAUCAAAGUGUUAAUGAGCGACAAUGCCGAUGGUAAUGCAUGUCGAGACAAAGUGAAGCGUAUCAUGCGGAAGUCUGGUAUAGCGCUGACCAAUGUCGAAUGUACUUUUUCGGUCAAACGACUUGAUUCUGCGCGACUCAAGUACUCCGAGUGA